UAUUGCAAUAAUACUGUUGUAGUAUUAAAGGGGAUUAACAAACACAUUGCAGACCUACAAGAAAUCUUCCUACGACUACGUGAGAAAAACAUAUCAUCGGGACCAUCCAAAUCAUACAUUAGCUUCCCGUCAGCGAUUGUCCUUGGCAAGCAGGCUGAUUCUUUUGGUAUGUUAACAACUGAGGUAAAGACACGAGUAAUCACCAAGAUCUGA